UUACCUUGCCUCGAGUUUUAGUUUAUAAGAAUUUGUUGACAAAAAAUGUAAUGCAUUCCGCGAGACUACUGUCGUUGUUUUCAAACCUAAACAAUUAGCAUUAAUUUGGCUUAAAGCAUGUUUAGCUAUAGAUGCAUGCGCCUUUUAAUACCGCGCCCCUCUGUAUCGCGUCCAGCCUGUUCAUGUUGUUUUCAACCAUGUUUUAUUCCGUUAGGUUGUUGCGGCUGCUGCUCGGCCUUAAGACCACGCUACAAGCGUUUGGUGGACAACAUAUUUCCCGCUAUACCCGAGGAUGGCCUGGUCAAAUCGAAUAUGGAGAAGUUAACCUUUUAUUCGCUCAGUUCGCCCGAUAAAUUGGAUCGUAUUGGUGAAUAUUUGUAUCAGAAGGCAACAAAGGAUAUAAAUCGCAAACGUUACAGAUUUGUGGAAAUUGCCAUGGAAGCCAUGGAUAUAUUACUCCAAGCUUGUCAUGCUCAAACCACCCUAAACUUGUUUGUGGAAUCAUUUUUGCGCAUGGUACAAAAAUUACUUGAAGACUCGAAUCCAAAUUUACAAAUUUUGGCCACAAAUUCGUUUGUGAAAUUUGCCAACAUUAAUGAGGACACUCCUUCCUAUCAUCGACGCUAUGAUUUUUUCAUUUCGAAAUUUUCCUCCAUGUGUCAUGGCAACAAUGAUAACAUCGAGCUGCGUGAUAGCAUACGUUUGGCUGGCAUUAAAGGACUACAAGGUGUGAUACGUAAAACUGUCUCCGAUGAUUUAGUGGAGAAUAUUUGGGAAAAACAGCAUAUGGAGAAAAUCGUACCAUCAUUAUUAUUUAAUAUGCAGUCUGGUGAUUUAACUCCAGUGGAAGAUGCAACCACGGUUACACCGCCAGUACUGGCUGAAGAAGUUCUACGUGAGUUGGUGGGUCGUGCCUCGUUUGGUCAUAUUAGAAGUGUUUUAAAACCUUUACUAACUCACUUGGAUCGCCACGAGUUAUGGGUACCCAACACUUUUGCCAUUCACACUUUUCGCAUUGUUAUGAUUUCUAUACAACCUCAGUAUUCCUACACUGUGGUGGAGACACUCAUGCAACAUUUAGAUAAUAAUUUCAAAUCUUCUCCAAAAACUCGCACUUCUUUGGCUGUAGUACUCUCAAAGAUCAUAGCCAUAGCUGCCGGCGAGAGUGUAGGUCCAUCCGCUCUGGAUAUUAUCAACAACUUACUUACACAUCUAAGAACCAGUGUUAGCAACACUUCUGAAAUUACACCCGAAGAAUCACAAUAUCAAGAGGCUCUCAUCAAUGCACUGGGUGAAUUUGCCAAUCAUCAUCCGGACUAUCAGAAAAUUGAAAUUAUGCUCUUCAUCAUGAACACUGUGCCGGAUCUCUCGAAGAAAAGCAAAGGCGAUCAAAUGUUACAGAAUAUUCUAUUGAAAUCUCUGCUCAAAGUUGGUACUCAAUACAGUACGGUGUCGUUUGAAAAGGCUUUCCCCGCAAGUUUCUUGCAACCGCUACUAAAAAUGGCUCGCAAUCCUCAUGAUCCCACCCGUAUUAUUGUGAUGCAAAUAUUCCAGGCUCUUUUGGAUCGUCAUCAGAAUGAAAAAGUAUUAAGCGUGGUUAGCAUUAAACCGUAUGCGGCCUUGUCGCAGGAGCCACCAUCACGUUCGGAUAUUAUUUUUACUCAUAAAUAUGGUGCUAAUAUAAUGCAGGCCUUAAUCGACAGCAUGGCUCUGUCCGAUAAGGUGGAUCCGUUAUCUUCUAGUUAUAAUACGGCAGCUUUACUUAUUGUCGAAAUGGCGUGCGGUGAAACUGUUCAAGAGUUUUUGUUAUUCAUUUUGGGUAUACAACAAGUUGCUGUAACCACUGAAAGUUUGAGUGACAUACACAAGUGUUCACUGUACUCCAUUUCUAUUGCUCUACUAACACUAACUGCUCGCGUUACCGGCAUCAACAAUUUACUCGAAUAUGCUCAGAAAAUAAUUGAGGAUCGUAAACAUGAUGCCCCAUACUUCUUACCACCGCUACUAGAUCCAAAGAAAUCGAGUAAAUACAAUUUGAAUGUACCACAGUUGGCCAUCGAUAAAAUGGCAUUGGCUGAGUGUUUACAAAAUGCUGGCAUGGAUUUCAAUCGUUUACAAACGGGACUACCGUAUGCCCUCAAUCAAGCGGAUAAUCCUGGCCAUAGACACUCAUGGGUUGAGACUGUUAGUAGUAAUAUGACACACAGAAAUAGUUCAGCCGAUUUGACGGCCUACAAUGCAGAUGCUGACAGUAUUAGUAGUUCACCAGGUGUAUCAAAGAAAACUUUGGCUCCUGAAUAUACCGUUGAUGCUAUGAAACGUUAUUUGGCCGAACCCUCUGAAUCAGUUAAGCGUGAGCAACAGGAAAAACAACUGCAAAUUGUGCGCACUUUCCGUGAAAGCGAUUUUGAAGAUCUUAUGAAACGCACUGAACCUAAGCACGAUGUCAUACAGAAUCGUUUGAAUGAUCUAUUCAAUUCAUUGGCCAUCGAUAACAAAACUACCCAAAAUACUUCAUCGAAUACCGAGAAACCGAUUUAUGAAACCAACUUCCCAGAACUAUUUUAUUAUUAAGAUUUGAAUUUAUUAUUAGUUAUAAUAUGAAAAUUGGCUUGUUAUUAUAAAUAUAUUCCCUUUAAAAUAGCAAUCAAAUUGUUAUUUUUUUCUAUUAUAUUAAAUAUACACUGUAAUUAAAGAUAUUGUAAUUUUUCAA